GCCAGUUCCAGCUUGUAGUAGCGCUACGCACGCUGCACGUAGGAGGCUCGCGUUCCUGCUCUGGUGGUGGGAUGGCGAUGGUAACGGCCGCCGCCGAGCCGCAGCCGCGCGCGGCGCUGUCCCUGCUGCUGCUGCUCCUGGCCUUGCUCCUGGUGGUGCUGGGCGGCGCCGAGGCGCAGCAGCAGACGUGCGCGGGGCAGCUGAGCGGGCUAGCCCCCUGCGCGCGCUACAGCGUGCCGCCGGCGCCGGGGCAGGCGCCCCCGGCGCCCGGGCCGGAGUGCUGCUCCGCGCUGGGGGCCGUGUCCAGGGACUGCGCCUGCGAGACGUUCGGCAUCAUCAACAGCCUGCCGGCCAAGUGCGGCCUCCCACCAGUCAGCUGCCGCUAGUGAUGUCCAGUAGUGCGCCACCGUUCACCAGAUGAAGGUGAAGACCGCCGCAAGGGCAAAGAAGAAGAAGAAGAAGAAUAAAAGAUCGUCUCUGAUGGAUGGUCAUCUAGAGAUUCUAGAUUGAGCUGCUGCUAUCGGGCGCAGGGCUCUUGUUGACAUCAACCGUUUUUCCUUCUCCUCUUUUUUUUUUAUUCACGUCCUUUCAGCUUGUCCUGUCUGCUGGUCUCAUCAGUGAAUGUUAAGCAAACGCUGACAGCCGUUCGAUACA